AUGAUCGAACACACACGAGCCGAGUCAUUUGCGACAGCGUUACGAAAUGCCGAGGAAGCUAUCAGCGACGCAUUGUUAAUCGCGAUGGUUUUGAAAGGCUUACCGAGGGAAUUCGACACGUUUGCCACGGUAGUUGUGCAAAAAGAGAAACAAAUGACUUUCGCCGAAUUCAACAGCGCGCUGCGAAGCCACGAGGAAAGCGCAAAGACACAUGGUGGGAAGGCUGCCAGCGCGGGGGAGAAUAUCAUGUUGACGAAGCAAAAGUUCGAUGGGAACUGUUUUAAAUGCGGGAGAAAGGGACAUAAAAGCGCGGAGUGUUUGUCGAAGGCAUCGGAAAGAUGGUGUAACAAUUGUAAAAGUAAAACCCACGAGACAAAGAAUUGCCGGAAGAAGAAAGAUGCGGCGAAGACAGCAGCCGAGAAGACAACGUCAAGUGAGAACAAUGAACAUACAUUUGCCUUUACAUCCAAGGACACAAUUAAUAAAUCAGGUAUAAAUAAUAAGAAUAAUUCUAGUUUAUUAGUAGAUACUGGAGCCACAAAUCACAUUAUAAAUGACAAAUCAAAAUUUGUGGACUUUGAUAAAGAAUUUAAUCCUAGUGCGCAUGUCAUAGAACUCGCUGAUGGCAGUAAAGCCAACGUAGUAUUAGGAAAAGGAAAUGCCAAAGUUAAACUGUAUGACGUCAAUGGUAAUGCACGUGAAGUAAUGUUAAAUAGCGCAUUGUAUGUUCCGUCCUAUGAUCAAAAUAUUUUUUCAGUGCAUGCUGCGAUAGAAAGGGGGGCCAGUAUUAGUUUAGAUAAGCAGGUGAAACAGCUCAAAUGUCCUGUUCGUCGUGAUGUGAGGAGCUUAUUUCGAAGCUCCUGUUCUGAUCAGUAUAUGUAUGUAUGUUUGUUUCUUCGAAUAAAAUAUCUUUUAUAG